CCCAAUUCUUUAUUUAAUUUGCCUUUCUUCUUAUUAUUAUCACAAUAAAAUGACAGUUUGUAUACCCACACAAGACGGCAUUCCUUACAUACAAUGGAUAAAUGCAAGUAUUUCAAAAGUUAUUUGAUGUAUACUGACCUUUUUUUUUAACAGUAUAUAUUUGGUGAUUGUGUUUAUGGCACACAAGAUGCAAUCAGUUUAUUAUUAGGCUAUGCUUCUAUGUUAUUCUGGUUCAAUGCUCAAUUACCACAACUGAUAGAAAACUAUAAAAUGGGAUCAGCAGAAUGUCUUAGUUUAAAUUUUCUGUCUAUCUGGUUAGCAGGAGACACAGCCAACCUGAUAGGUUCUAUCUUAACACAUCAACUUCCAUUUCAAAUCUACCUUGGUGUUUAUUUUGUCACCAUUGAUAUCUGCCUAUUAUCGCAAUGGAUCUAUUACAACAAAUUCAAAUCACAACAGCAGGAAGAUUAUCUUAUUAUACCUACAACUAUCCCUCAAGAUGAUCUUCAGAACAAACCUUCUUUAUUCCAACAUCCAGCACAAACACCAGUGAAUAUUCAUAAUCCACCUUUAAUUAUAGACGAAUUGACUCCCUUUUCUUCUUCUGCUUCUCCUUCUAAAUGGUACACACUCUCACCUUCAAAAGAAAGCUCACAGAAACUAAUGGCCAUACUAUUGUUUACUACUACUGCUACUUUAUUACCCACAUCUUCUACAGAUCAAUUGACUACAUUUGAUCCUAUUAUUCUAUCCCAACAAGACAGUGCCCUCUGGGUUGGUCGCUUCUUUGCUUGGACAUGCACUUCUUUAUAUUUGAUGUCCCGUAUUCCCCAGUUACUCAAGAACUAUCGCCGUCAAUCUGUUGAAGGAUUGUCUGCAUCUUUAUUUAUAUUCGCUGUAUGCGACUCUUUAAUAGAAGCCCUUCCUUACUUGAUUGGUAGUGCAGGCACUCUCACGUUUGAUUUCUCUAUUUUUUGUCAAUUCUUGUAUUAUAGAAAUCGACCGCUUAAUAAAGAUUCACUGGUCUAAAAAAAAACUGUGUGUAACAUUAGGAUAAGCUAGUUAGGCUGAUAACACUAUGUGUUCUCACAAGUGUCUUUCUGCUAGUCUUACUUCCUAGUUACUAUACUUCAUCUCAGGUCAAGACAGCAAGUGAUGCCACUUCAGAUGAAAACAUCUUUCUCGACCUCGAUCAAACAAAAUCCACCUUAUUUACACUAAACACCACAUGGGAUAAAGAACAUAACCCCUGGAUACUCAACCAGUCAAUAUUCAACACAACCAACCAUUUUCUCGAUAAACUGACCUCUUAUACAC